AUGGCGCCGCCGCCGCCGCCUCGGUCCGCCUUCCGCCGCCCGCUCUGGUGCGUCUUCUUCCUCCUGCUGGCGGCGCCAUGUAUCUCCGCGGGAGGUUUCGUCGGGGUGAACUACGGACGGGUGGCGAACAACCUCCCUCCGCCGGCGAAGGUGGUGGCACUGCUCAGAUCCUACGGCGUCACGGAGGUGAAGCUCUACGACGCCGAUCCGGCGGUCCUCUCUGCCCUCUCCAAGUCCGGCAUCGGCGUGGUGGUCGCCCUCCCCAACGAGCUCCUCCCCGCCGCCGCGUCCCGUCCCUCCUUCGCCUUCUCCUGGGUAAAGACCAAUGUCGCCGCCUGGCUUCCGGCUACGCAGAUCCGCGCCAUCGCCGUGGGCAACGAGGUCUUCGCCUCGCCGGCGGCGAAGUCCCUCACCCCGGCGCUGGUUCCGGCAAUGCGGAACCUCCACGCCGCCCUGGUCCGCCUGCGCAUCGACAGCACCGUAAAGGUCUCCUCCCCGAUCGCCCUCACAGCCCUGCAGACCUCCUAUCCCUCCUCCGCUGGCGCCUUCCGCCCUGAUCUGGCAGAGUCGGUGAUGCGGCCGAUGCUGGAUCUACUCAGCGAGACGGGUUCCUUCCUCAUGGUGAACGCCUACCCCUUCUUCGCCUACGCCGGCAACUCCGACGUCAUCUCCCUCGACUACGCGCUCUUCCGGCCCAACGCCGGCGUGGUCGACGCCCAUAGCGGGCUCCGCUACUACAACCUGCUCGACGCGCAGCUCGACGCCGUCUUCGCCGCCGCGAAAGCACUCGGCCACAGCGGCGUGCGGGUGGUGGUCUCGGAGACCGGGUGGCCGUCAAAGGGCGACGCCGGUGAGAACGGGGCAAGCGCGGAGAAUGCCGCGGCCUACAACGGCAACCUCGCGCGGCGCGUCCUGACGGGGAACGCCGGCACGCCGGCGCGGCCCAAUGCGGAGCUCGGCGUGUACCUUUUCGCGCUGUUCAACGAGAACCAGAAGCCCGGGCCGACCUCGGAGAGGAACUAUGGCCUCUUCUACCCUAACGAAGGGAAAGUCUACGACGUGCAGUUCCAGCUUCAUGGGGUCACCGUCAGGAGGGACCAGAAGGGGAGGAGCAGCGGCGGUAGCAGCGGCGGCGGCGGCGGCGGCGGCGACCGCAGCCAUGACCAGGGGAGCGUCUCAGCGAGCUCCGCCGGCGCCGCGGCGGGGGCGUCGUGGUGCGUGGCGGACGCGAAGGUGGGAGCGGAGAGGCUGCAGCAGGCGCUGGACUAUGCCUGCGGAGAGGGCGGUGCCGACUGCGCUGCCAUACAGCCGGGGGAGGCCUGCUACAGCCCGAACACCUUGGAGGCGCACGCGUCGUUCGCCUUCAACAGCUACUACCAGAAGCGCCGCCGCAGCGCCGGGACCUGCGACUUCCAGGGCGCCGCCAUGGUCGUCAGCCAGCCCCCGAGUGAGUUCCUCCGCCAUGACCAUCUUCUUCCUCCGGCUUCUCUUUCUUUCUGUUCGAUCAAAUGCCUAGCAGAAGACGACCAACCUGAUCAGCGCAUUCACUGGCAGACAGACAGUGAGGCCAAAGAUCCUGCAAGAUCUCCUUUUUAG